AGGAGCUAGACUUUUAUAUUCGCUCACACACUACCUGCUAUGGUCAAAGCCUUGCAGACUGUAAACGGGUCUAAGUACAUUCCUCAAUUUUGUCCGUUCUUUAGCCUUAAAUAUGGGCGACAACGACAAAGGCCGGGUUAAGGUUCGACGAAGAAAAUGCAGAAGAAGUCUCAUGUCCACUUUAUUUUCAAUAAUAUGAAGCUCAGAUGCGUGAAGCUGAAUUAUUGAAUGCAUGCUAAACAUGAGGAGGGAAGAACUUUGAGCAGUGUGUGAGAAGGGGAAGUCAGAAGAUGUAAGAAAAUUGAAGAAAGAAGAAUAAUGUGAAGUAAUGAAGUUACAGAAAUGAAGUUAAGGAAGUAAUCUGGAUAAGGUCGCUGCGCUAAGUAAUUUUCUGGUCUAUUUAUCAAAUGCGUGCAUGUCAUUGUUGUUGAAUACAUCACACUUUAAUUUGUUAUUGCUACUUUUUUUUACUUUUGUAUUUUUAAAUCUUAACUACAUAAUUUGUUGAUGUAAUCCUAGUGAUUUCAUGUUCUCAUUGGUUAGACAAAAUAACAUUCAUAAUUGACUAUAUCUACAUCUUUUUUUCUUUUGUUCAAAUUUUCCAGGAUAGUUUGAAUUCUCUACUCAAAUGCUUUGUAGCAUAUUUUUUUCCUUUUUGACCACCUUGUCUGUGGUUAUAACGCGCUGGUGUGUGUGUGUGUGUGGUUCGUUCAGGAGUCCCGCUCCGCUUCCAGGAGCGCGAGUCCCCGUGGCUCUAGGAAGUCGAUAAGCCACUCCCCAGCUCAUUCCAAAGAUGGAUCCCAUCGCUCCCGCUCCAAGUCCUGGUCUGGCUCCAGGUCUAGAUCAGGCUCCCAUUCUCACCAUGGCUCUCGCAGACACUACAGCCAUUCCCGGUCCCGCUCCAGGUCCUACCGGCGUAGAUCUCACAGCAGGUCCUACAGUGGAGAGCGCCGGCGCAGAAGCACCAGUCAUUCACCCAUGUCCAAUAGGCGCAGGCAUAUUGGUAAUCGGGCUAAUCCAGAUCCAAAUGCUUGCCUGGGAGUGUUCGGCUUGAGCUUGUACACCACAGAGAGGGACCUGAAGGACGUCUUCUCCAAGUAUGGGCCCCUGGCAGAUGUUUGCAUCGUGUAUGACCAGCAGUCAAGGCGCUCCAGGGGCUUUGCUUUUGUUUACUUUGAGAACACAGCUGAUGCUAAAGAGGCAAAGGACAGAGCUAAUGGUAUGGAACUGGACGGCCGUAGAAUCCGGGUGGAUUUCUCAAUCACAAAAAGACCUCACACCCCCACACCAGGAAUCUACAUGGGCCGGCCCACAUAUGGCGGAGGUGGUCCUGGUGGACCCAGACGCUAUUCACGUGACUAUGAUCGUGGAUACGACCGCGGAUAUGACAGAAGCUAUGAUCGCUAUGACGACAGGGAUUACUACAGAUCAUACAGACGAAGAUCUCCAUCACCAUACUACAGGGGAGCGUACAGAUCUCGGUCAAGAUCCCGGUCCUAUUCUCCCCGUCGAUAUUGAGCUGUUGAGGCAGACAUUAAUCCCGCCUUUCCAUGGACAGAUGAGAGUUUUCUCCUAAAGAUUCGAAUUUCUUGUAGAUAUCCUACUCUACAUGGGGACAAAUGGGUUUCUUUGAUAUGGAGUUUUUUGAGGAAGUUAUGUAUGAAGUGCUAGAACACCAGCAGUGUAAGCUUUUUAAUGUGGGUAUGUGAAAAAGGAGAGCAGAAAACCUUUUCCCCCAUUACUGCCCCUGGAGCUGUUAUCUUUCUGCAAAAUGUGAAACUUGGGAGUUGUUCAUCUGCCCAUUUCUCAGUUGGUUAGUUUGGUUUUGUGUAAUCUGGUGUUUAAAUGCCCCAACCUGGUGUAGCCUCUCAGAAUUGCUGCGUCUCCCACGGUCUCCAGGUGCAGUUAAUGUUCCUGUCAGGAAAGGCUUUGUAGCUUCACAAAAUAUAUACAGCAUCAUUAGUUUCUGAGAAAUACAGUAUGCUUUUAUUUAAAAGACCAAUUUCUCAUCCAGUUCCACAUUAAAGAAACCAAACUCUCCCACACAGUUGAUCCGCAUUCUUCCUCUUUCUUAUAUUUGAUCAGUAUAAAUGGAAUCACAUGUAAAGCAGUGCCCUCAUUGUUUUUUUUUUUUUUUUUAAUGUACAGAAAAGGUUUAUUGUUGUAAAAGCCGUGUUAAAUUAUGGGUUUUGUUGUGUACGAGUGAAAAUUCAACAACCUUAAAGAUUAAAAGGAGUUGUUUUUUUC